AUGGCCCAAUUUAAUCCAGACGAGCGAAAACCUCUUCUGAGUGGUGGCGUUGGUGACACUUCUAGUCCAAAGCCUGUUGCGCUAAGGAGAGAGAUAGUAGACGAUAUGGAGGAAACCGGAAUGAAGAAAAAAGAAAAGUCUUCAGCAUUCAGUGGCAAGACUGGUCUUGUGGUGGUGUGUAUUUUGAUGACAGAACUUUGUGAACGUUUAACUUAUUACAGUGUGGUUGCUAACCUAGUCCUAUUUUGCACAUCGAAACUCGACAUUCCUAGUUCUGAUGCAGCCAACAUUAGUCUAGUAUUCUCAGGUACUGUUUACCUUAUCCCCGUGGUCGGGGGAUACAUUUCCGAUUCCUACGCCGGCAAAUACAACACAAUACUGGGAUCAGGCCUCAUAUACUUAUUGGGUCUGUUUCUACUGCCUGCCUCUGCUAUUGACUACACAGGCUGGUUCGGUAAAGAUGACGAAGGAGCAGAGUAUGAUCUCAGCAUUGAAACAAGAAAGGCUUACUUCUUCAUGGGGCUGGUCUUUGUGGCCAUAGGGACCGGUGGAAUCAAGGCCAAUGUGGGUCCAUAUGGAGCACAGCAAGUAAAUGACCUUGGUCCAGAAGCUGUGCAAUCUUUCUUCAACUGGUUUUACUGGUUCAUCAAUGCAGGCUCCCUCGUGGCUUAUUCUGGAGUGGCUUACAUCCAACAAAACAUCAGCUUCACUAUCGGGUUUAUCAUUCCUCUCGCCAGCAUGAUAGUUGCACUCAUCAUAUUUGUUGCUGCCAGGAACAUGUAUAUCAACAAUGCUGUGGGAGGAAGCAUCUUGAGUAAAGCGUUUGGGGUGUGUACUGCCACAAAAUGCAGAGGAUUCAAGACGGCUAGAAAAGAUAAUGGAGGGCCUUACAGUAACGAGAUGGUGGACGGCGUCAUAGCUGUCCUCCGAGUUCUUCCUGUAUUUCUACUCAUUAUUAUGUAUUGGGCAGUUUACUCACAGAUGCAGUCCACCUUUUUCCUGCAAAGUGAGCGGAUGAAUGUGAUGGUUGGAGAUGUGAAGAUGCCAGCAGCAGUCCUUAAUAUUUUUAACACUGUUAUUAUCCUCGUUCUCAUCCCUAUCAUCGACCGUGGCAUCUACCCUUUGCUUGCUAAAUAUGGGCGCAGUCCAUCUCAUCUACAACGAAUUGGUUUGGGAAUGAUUUUGGCUGCCCUCUCUGUUGUGGUUGCGGGAGUACUUGAAAUAUACCGUAAACAAGAAUUGUCAGAAUCAGGGGGGAUCAUUCAAGAAUUGGCUGAUGACAAGUUCAAUGCGUCAACACUGUCCGUCUUUCUCCAAGUACCUGAAUUUGCUCUUGUUGGUGCCAGCGAAGUGUUUGCAAGCAUAUCAGGUCUUGAGUUUGCCUAUUCCGAAGCGCCAGAAUUCAUGCAAGGUUUGGUGAUGGGUCUGUUCCUAAUGACUUCCGGAAUUGGAAACUAUGUAUCUACGCUAAUCCUUGUGAUUGUCAAGGCUGCGUCUACUGGUGAUCCUUGGUUCCCUGAUGAAAUUAACGAAGGAAAAGCUGAAUAUCUCUUCUUUCUCAUCGGCGGGUUGAUGGUUGUGAACUUUCUGGUUUUCCUUAUCAUUGCAAAGUUAUACAAAACCCGUGCAUCAAUCGAACAGAAACCAGAACUGCUCUCUGAUCCUAUUAUGGAUAAAAAACACAUUGAAUAUGAACCUGGUUACCACGAUAACCCACUUGCUACGGAUACGAAAAUGUAA